AUGUCAGGGUCAUCCAGGUCACUUCUACGAAACAUCGCCUCAGUUUUUGAGAAUUGGCCAAAUAACAAGAAUUGGGAUAAAGCGCCCUCCCAGGAUAUCAAGGAUUUGAACGAUUCCAUUUAUGCAUACAAGGAAAAGCACAAUCUGCUUUCAUCACUUUCAUCGCAGCUUAACAACGAGCUACGAUCCAUUCACCGCAAAUAUAUCGAUGAGUCUCUGGAGAUUUCCAAAGAGGUCUUGUUUCUAGAUAUCUUGACUCGACUACUGCCAGUGCUUAGCGCCGAUGAGAUCAAAGUAUGGCUUUCAACCUACCUACUACCAGCAAUUGAAAGCACUGGAUUCGACAAAUCUUUCGUCAGUAAAGCAAGGGAAUUUGUCAGACUGGUUCUGGCUGAAACAUACCCCACAGAUGAUCCUCAAUUAAGAAACCGAAGAGCCUCAAUAGCUCGGAUGGUUCUGGGAUAUAUUUUGCGGAUCUACUUAGGAACUGACCAAGAGGCUUACGGCCUCAUAGGAUUGAAGUAUAAAGAUGCCAGUUCAAAGGACGAAGACACCCACGAAAACAUCGAGAAAGUCAGGUUCAUGGAAACCAAUUGUGCUAUUACCCUACGAGAAUACGGCCAGCGAUAUUCAGAAGACUACUUCACUUUACUUAAUACCUACUUUCAUCUGGUUGACAAUCGACUCAAGACACUCAGCUUGAUAACGUCGUUUGUUGCCUCUAAUACUUUCCACGCAAAAACGAUAAUCAAAACGCCUUUGUUCAAAAGCAUUCUCGUCUGUUUACUGAAUGAUCAAAGCGAAACCAUAAUAGCUUCUGCACUUUCAUUGAUGGUAAUGUUGAUGGGUAAGCUUUGUGAUAAGAUUGCUACCCAUCUACCCGAUCUUCUCGUGAUUUACACUCGCCUUUUGUUGUGGCUGGGCCCAACUAAGCAUGGAAUCUCGAGAGAGGUAACGCCUAAAGCAUCAACUGAAAAAGAGGAGUGGGUCAUAGCUGAGCCUGACCUGGAAACGGUUGCUAUGAGCUCGCAUCUCUACCACAAUGACGAAUUUAACCUUCUGUACUUCACCACUUUGUUGUACGCCUUUUUCCCGAUGAACUUCAUGAGGUUUGGUCGAAGCCCAUUUCAAUUCUGGACAGAUUAUCGGCCCAAAUUUCUCAGUGAAAAGCGAUAUCAUGAUUAUCCGGAUAUCUUGCAAAUCAUCAGCAGCCGAACCAGAGAGUUCUGUGAACAGAUGAGCCUACAUCCCAAUUUUCUACAGCAAGUUUCCGCAGAGGAAGAGCUAGAUUCACCGCUCAAAUGGAUCUUGAAAGAUAACGAGGGUCUCCGUCUUAAUCCAACAUACAUGUUAUGGCUUCCAGACAGGUUUGUUUUGCCCAAGUAUUUUCAUGAGAAGUUGCAAGAAUUGCUGAUCAUAUCACCUGCAGCAUCUUCAAACUUUGGUCCACAGUUUUCCAAAGAUACGCGCAGUGGAUCUCACUGGAGUGCAAAUGUCGGUUCCAAUAAGUCUUCGAAACGGGGUUCGGUUGAUGUUGCUCUGGAAGAUAUGUCAACCCCCAGACGCUCAUCACUUGUUCCUUCCAGCCUCCUCUCCGAAAAGUCCCCUAAUGAACCUCGCAUCAAAUUUAAGAAUGUGGACUAUGGUUUGUCAAAGUCUGGUCCAGGAACUGCAUCUCCAAAACCCUCGCAGAACGAUAGUUCCACUGCUUCCGAAACUGAUAGUGGUGUUCUGGAUCUCUUUUCGGCGCAUGAAAAGCUUUACAAGAUGUCAACGACUAGAAGGAACUCAGUUCAGCAGGAUCUCCAAAAUCCUCAGGUUGCCACAGGAAACUUUCAAGCAACAUCAAAAAGUGCAUCUGCCCUUCUAAACGAACAGCUUAAGGGCAAAAAUAAUGAAGAAGUGUCUUCCUCAAAAGGUGGAGCUCUUGAGUUUUACCAAAGAGAGUUGUUGCUCUGCAAGAAUGAACUUGAAUUCACGAUUUACAUGAAAUACUUAAACAAGCUCAAUUACAUCAAAUUGAAGACUCAGAUGAGCGAAUUGUCGAGAAAGUUGGCUGAAGCUAUUACCUCGAGCCCUUCUGAGCAGCUGAAGACGAAAAAUACUGAAAACUUGCGUUCGUCAUUGGAAGAACUACAAGCAUCCAGUAAAGCGGCUCUCAUGCACAGUCAAGCUGAGACAGCCAAGCUUUCCGAGAGAGUAGUGGAGCUACAGAAGAGUUUGGAAGCCGUUACACUUGCGUUGACGCAAUCUCGUGAUGAGAACGAGGUGUUGCAGAACGACUACGAUACAUACAAACAAUCUGUUGAGCUGAUUGAAGCAGAAUUACGAGGUCUCAAGAUCAAACAAACCGCUGAUGCCAACAAGUCUAGAAUUCACACAUACCCAGAAACGUCUAGUCCUUUCAUAACGGAACAUGAGGAAGAGCUACAGAAUCUCCGCACCGAAUUGGAGAUGGCUCGAUCGCAAAAUCACACAAUCCAACGAGAGGUUCGUGACCUCGAGGAAAAAUUAGAUCUCACCGUUCGAGGAUACGAAAAACAAGUUGCAAGCUUGAAGCUUGAUCUAGGCGGGGCCGUACGUGAGCAAGUGAGACAUUACGAGAGGAGGAUACAAGAGCUCAACACAACGAUCAUGAAGUACGCCACCUCCAUCGAAGAAAAGAACAACAUGAUUGUGCAACUUUCAACCUCGAAACCCAUCAAGAUCCCCGGAGGGAGAGAUAUGCAAGAGUCUGAAUCGAGCCCUGUCAAACCGAGAAAUAUUCCUGUGCCCUCGAGACAGAACAGAAAUUUCGAAUAUGACACACCAGAUCAGCGAACUAGCAGAAACAUGCAAGAUUUCUUCGAAACAAGAUCAAGUUCAGGCAGCCUGAUGAGGUCCUCAGCGUCGGCUCAACUUGCACAGCCUAGCACCAGACCCCAGGCAAUUUACCGACUGCCAACAACACUGUCAAUCCCGAUUAUCAAGGGUCGUGGUGGAUACCAAAAACGGUCCAAGCGUAUGUAG